GCUUGGCAUGUUAGAGAAGGGUUCAUGGCACACCUUCAUGUAAGUCCAGACGAAAUGCAUAAGUAUGAGAUGCUUUGCACCAGAGAGUUGGAGUCGGGUCACGACUCGGAGCUGGAAGACGACUCGGACUCCGGGUCUGUCGGUUGUUUGUUGAAUGCCGACGAGCAAAGAGCCGCACCGAGGGAGCGGCAGCCAGAGUGGCUUCCUGCAUGGCUGUUCACAGCCAGGUUUGGCAUCCCCGCUGUGGUGACAAAGAGGAUGGAGAGCAAGCAGUGCGAAAAGAUGGACAACAAGCUCACGAUGUUUGAUGUCGCUGGCCCACCCAUGAAGUGGCUCUGGUUUAGCACCGUCGUCUACUGGACCUACUCCAUCGUGUUGCCCUGGUUUGCGUACCGUCACAUACAGUGCACAACCUUUGGCCACUUUAGGUACCCCCUCUGGCUGUGGUGGACAUUUGUACCGGUUCUUAUGACAUUGGUCAUUGUGGAGUGGAGGUGUGUGAUGUACACCAUCGUACCUGUCGCGCAGUGGCUGAAGGGGCUGAGCGUGCCUCUGGUGGGCGAGGCAUCCUUUAAGGUCUGGCUGGCGUUUACUGGAUUUCAAAGCUUGACAUCCCACGCAGAUGUGGUGACGCAGGGCCUUUUUUUGGCUUCUACUUGCCGAAGCAUCAGCUGCCCAGGCUGGAGCAAGAUCUAUGUGGCGUGGGAAACCGUGUGGGCGUCUUCGCCUCUGAGCUGGAUUUCUGCCGGCAAGGAUCUGAAAGUGAUCAUGCUGCUGAGUUGGAGUGUCCUGGUCGUCCAGCUGCCACUCUACGUGGUGGGCGCCCUGCCCUGCCGCUGCGUGGAUUACCGCAUGGGCUUCAAUCCCAAGUCGGAGUCCGGGCACCACGACCAGCAUGAGGCGCGUGGGGAGCCGGAGGGCUAUGAGACCUGGACCGGGGUCAGGAUCUGGCACGCGGACGCCAUCAAGUGCCUGGCGAAUGUGAACCGCAUGGCGGUGCUCAAUGAGGGCCAGUUCGAGCUCAGCCUGCAGCGCGCCAGGGAGGAGGUGACCAAUGACGACGCGCGGCGCGGGCUGCACAUCUUGGGCCAGACCGGCCGAGGGAUGUUCCUCCGAGCGGUUUUGACCAACCUGUGCCAGAACUGCACAAAGCUGGAGUUGCAGACUACGAUUUUCGCCUUGGGGCACAUGAUUCAACCAGAGGAUGUGGACUUUCAGGUUGCACUUUCUUUGGUGCUGGCGAAUGCAACUUCGCUGCAAGCCUUGAUGGCCCUGGUCCGCAAAAUCCGCAUGCUCAGAGAACAGAAGUUUCUUGCAUGGGAGCAGAUGUGCCAGGCAGCAAAGCCUUUGCCUGCACUUUACGAGUACAUGGUGGUAUCUCUCUAUGACUAUUUGACCCUCGGUGUCAUACUCGUUUGCGUUCUUGUUCAGCUUCACUCCAUUACAAAGUUCGCCAUGGCCUUUGUUUGCCAAGAUGCAUUGUGGAAUCUUCCGAACAAAUGCGUAGACGUGCCAGGUUUCUAGGCCCUACCUGCGAUCUUUGGACUCGGCUCUAAAGGAGCCGACGCCCGUUUUUCGUCUCACAGAAGCGCUCGCCGCAGGUAGCGUUCGGCGGUGGAAGCGUGAC